AUUAUGGAUCCUUUCACCGCAGUAGGCCUCCUCUUUAGUGUGGUAGACCUUAUUGAUCGUACAAGCAAAUGCGUAAGAAAGGUCAAAGAAGCCUAUGAUUCAAAGACAGGACUACCAAGAGAACAGGAUAGUCUACUUGGUUACAGCGAGGAAAUGAUCAAUCUCCUUGACAAGAUCCAGGAAGACUCUCAGAAAUUGGAACAGUUAAGGGAUUCUUCGAAGAAUGAUGAUAACAGUAUCCAGGUCGUUAUCACCCGAUGCCACGAUAUCUCGUCGAACAUCAUGUCCUUACUGAAUCGAGAUAGACCAGAGAGACCGCACUCUAUAAAGAGCGCAAUUAAAGCGACAGUGAGAUCAAUCUUCAAUAAGAAGAGUUUCCGAGACCUCCAAGCCGACUUAGAGCGGGGCCAAAAGACACUUCAUCUAGCUUUGGUAUCAUCUAUGAAGACCCAAAUUGACCAUAUUUUGGAUAUUCUCAAGAAUACCACUGUGAAGAAUGACGAAGUUGAACAGCAAUUGGAAAGGGUUCAAUCCAAGCUGGACUCAACAAAUAACAGCCUAUACGACCGGUUCCAAGAAAUUCUCAGUCUCUGCUACCGUGCGCAGGAUAUACAGAAACUUGACGUGAUCCUUAGCAAAAUCAGAAAAUGCCAGAAUGGCACACAGCCAAAUCCAAGAUAUGAUGAAGUGCACGACAAUUUCGCAAACACUUUCGAGUGGAUUUUUCGUGAACCACAAAAGCUCUUUGAGGCAGAGCCAGACCUGAAGAUGUCGUUUACUGACUGGCUCCGCGAUGGAGAGGGCAUUUUCCAUAUCCUCGGGAAACCUGGGGCUGGAAAAUCAACGUUGAUGAAAUUCAUAUGGAAGCAUGAGCUGACGAAGGAUAUGCUAAUCAAAUGGGCCGGCACUUCACAAUUACUUUGCCUGAAAUACUUUUUUUGGUCUACUUCCCAUCAAGACGGAUUAUUGGGUCUCAAAUGCUCCCUCUUGAGGUCUUCACUGGAGCAGGCCCCAGAGCUCAUGGAACAACUGUUUCCUGAUAGCAAUGGAUUAGACAAGAAAGCCACCACGUCUAUAAACCACGAAGAAAUAUCUCGGGCAGUUAACUUGUUAAUAAGCAAUCCCUUUAUCCUAGAACGAUAUAGGAUAUUUAUACUUAUGGAUGGCCUUGACGAGUUUGACGAAAAGAAGCACGCCGAGGACUACCACGACUUGGUGCGUCUCAUCCAAAACUGGACAUUUCUAUCAGGAAUGAGGGUCAAAGUUUGUAUCUCCAGUAGGGAAUACGAGGCUUUCGUGGCAAUCUCACGCCACCAGAGGAUUCGACUGCAUAAUCUUACUAGGCAAGAUAUACAAGCGUAUGUUACAGAACGCUUGGAAACACAUUCAAGAUUUUCAGAGCUACAAAAAUCUUGUGCACGAAGACGAGGGAAUCUCUGCGGUGAUUCUUCUCAUCGUCGAUGUUCAACUCAAUCCCUAGUGAACCAUAUUGUCGACAUAGCCGAAGGUAUCUUCCUCUGGGUCCGACUUGCGAUGUUGGAAGUACGAAAGUUUCUAAAUUCCGACUAUGAUAUAGAUAGAGUAUGGAAAUAUAUUGACACCCGCCCGAAACCAUUGCUCGACUACCUGAAGCACAUGCUCGACUCGAUUUCCGAUGUACAUCAAAAAGAAGCAUAUAUAAUACUCGCCAUAAACAAUACGUAUGCUUCUAUGACACACCCAACUCAAGUUUCGAUUCUAGGGGCAUCUUACGUGUCGGAAAAGCUUAGUCGGGAUGCCAAGGAACCACAUUCCGAACAACUCAACUCAAUCGACUCUGAACUACAGAGAAAUGACUGGCAUAUUUUUAAGAGAGAACAGAUUCAUGCUCGCUUUAAUGGCUUGCUUGAAUUAUCGAAAGACCACAGUCUAGGCUGGGGAUUUGAACUCAGACACCCCUUGGUUCUCACUUUCACUCAUCGUUCUAUCAUAGAAAUCCUACAAAACGACAUCGACACAAAACUGCUCAAGCAUAGAAUAACUAAACCCGAGCUAGUAAAUUGGGCUUGCCAGCUUUUUCUUGGGGAGGUCAUCCUCUCCCGCAACAAACUCGUUGACCUAAAGUAUCCAUAUUAUUGUAUAUGUAGGGCACGAUUCCUCGCCGCCUUUUUCGAAAACCUAAACUUUACUGGGGAGCCUUCGAUUGAGCGGCGGCUAGAUCAAAUUGAAGAUACAUGCUUGAAACUCCAGUUUGGUACCCCCUACCCGCCACCUACAGUGUUUUGGUCGUUCGAUAUACGCACCAGGUCAUUCCCCGAGUGUCCUUAUUAUUGUUCUUUUUUGUUAACGGCAUCAUCUUUCGGGCUGACUGCGAUAUUACCCUGGAUUUUGAGAAGGAUGAAUAAUGUACCAAAGAGAAGUCAUCUGGAAACUGAUUUAGUGUGGUAUUGCAUGGCUGGACAUUACAAAUACAGAUCAGGAUCCGGCAAUAUCACGCUCAUGGCAGAAUUCCUUCGAAACGGAUUUGUCGGGAGUGAUUUGCGCGAUACAGAAGCCAGAGUUCAGGUUUCGAAACACGGAUGCCACACUACCAUGCCAUGGAUUUACUGGGUAGCACACGUAAUCCAUAGAGAGGUACGGAGGAAAGAUACAUGGACGAUGAUGGAACUGUGGCUUGAAAAUGGAGCCAAUCCGAGGAUUCAAUUACACUGCGUUAUAGAAAGGUCAUAUGGAAUUAAACUAGUAGAAGUUCAUACGCACUGUGGGGUAGUUGUAAAGAUUAAUGGUCGGCAUAUCUCGCAUUAUACGGGGGAGCGGUUGCUACCAGAAUCCGAUAAUCGUUUUGCACCACUCUACCUUUCACAGAAGCCUCUAACACUCAGAGACUUUGUUAUCAGCUCUGAUGCCUACAAUAAACAGCGGUUACUGGAACUCAUAGACCACAACACUGCCCUGCUUGAAGCGGAUGAGGCAGCAGAGGAAACAUAUGCUACAACUAUCCUCAAGAGAAUUCCAUGGUUGGGAAGACCGGAUGUGUUUGGCAACGCUUAUUUACCAAGUGUUGUCGUAACUACCUGGAAUACCUAUUUCCCCAAACUACGCAACAUAUUGUCCUGGAUCUCGGACUAUUUUAUUAAAGCUCUGAUGUUCGUAGCAAUAUUGCUAUUAAUGUUCUAUCUCGUCACCGUAUGGAGCGCUAGCCGCCAUUCGAGUCAUCCGGAGGUAGGAAUGAUAGAUCGUGGCAUUGUACAUGAUAUGCUAUAGGAAACAGCCACAAGGGGGGGCUCUACCUGUAAGCUUUGGGUACCUAGAUAGGUAUAUUGUAUUUGUAUGGUAGGUCAAGCUAGGCGCAUAGGAGUUUAAAAUACGCAGCUGAAAAGAUGACCGCAUUCAAGGGAAUAACAACUGUGAUAUAAAUGGAGAAGGAAUAUGAAAUGUGUCUUUUCCUAAUAGUCAAUUGCUAGGUGUUCCUAUUUAAUAUUCUUUGG